AUGGCAUCGUCAACAGCACCAGCAUCCCCGCCCACGGCCGCGGAGGCCCGGGUCGGAGCUCCGGCGGCCGAGGCCGCAUCCCAGAUGGAGGCGACCCCUCCAGCCGCGGCGAGUGGAGAGACUGCCGCGGCGGCCACAUCAGGAGCCAUGGUGGAGGCUCCCUCUGCAGAGCCAGCCGCGGAGCAGGUUGCGGCGACGGCAGGGGCAGCCGUAGCAGCAGAAGUCGGAGGGGCUCCUAGCUCCGGCCCCCAGCCCGCGCAGGAGGACGUGCCGGAGGUGGUGCACGGGAGGCACCUUCUCCCGAACCCGGUGGAGGUCCCUCUUCCCCGCCUCCUAGUCAAGGCCCAGCAGGCGAUGGAGGAGGCAGAAGCGGGCUUCUGGUGGGAGUGGGAGAGGCUAGAGGCGGAGUGGCUUCGGCUCUCCGACUAG